AUGCAAACUAAGAUGAAACUGAGCAUGUCAACUGAGAGGCUCAUCUACAGCAACAAAGGGAGUAUAUUAGCUUCAUUAGAUGAGACUGGUAUUCAAAUAUCUGAACAAUCCUUAUGGGCAAUUAAUGCCGAAGGUACUUCCCAAUCUACAAAAUCAAUAUUAGCUUGCUGUGUUUCACAACCACCAUCAUUUACACAUUCUCAACCUCAUAUUCCAUUUAGAAACAUCUUAUACGCAGAACCUGUUGACGAUGACGAGAAUUCUACUGAAGAUGAAGUUUUAUUAACUUAUAUCUACCCUACAUCAAAAGAUUCAAUCAAGUUAGCAUCAUUGAAAAUACAAAUAACAAAUCCGCCAAACUAUAAUUCCACCACUUCUCUAUCGAAUGUCAUCCUUGAUAAAGCAUAUACCAAUCAUAUAAUAAGACCAUCAAUCUUAGUCCUUAUAAACCCCCAUGGAGGUCAAGGAAAAGCAACUACUAUCUAUAAAUCAGAAAUAUAUCCAAUUUUAAAAGCAGCAAAGGCAAGAAUAACCUAUCAAGAGACAAAAUACCAUGGGCACGGAAUAGACAUCGCUCGUGAGUUAGAUAUAUCAAAAUAUGAUAUAAUAGCCUGUUGUUCAGGUGAUGGUAUUCCUCAUGAAGUAAUCAAUGGAUUCUAUCAACAGAAAGAUAAGGGGGUUGCCGCAUUUAAUAAAAUUGCAAUUACUCAACUUCCAUGUGGGUCAGGGAAUGCACUUAGUCUAAGUACUCAUGGAAGUAAUCAUGCUGGAUUGGCGACGUUUCAAAUGUUGAAAGCAAAACGAACAAAAUUGGAUUUGAUGGCAGUUACGCAAGGUAUGGACCGGCAACAAACUACGAAAUUAUCAUUCUUGACUCAAUGUUACGGGAUAAUUGCCGAUGCAGAUAUUGGGACUGAUCAUUUGAGAUGGUUGGGACCUAUAAGAUUUGAAUUGGGGUUAGCGGGGAAUGUCAUCAUUGGCACUAAAUACCCUUGUGAUUUAUUUGUGAAUUUUUUGAUUCGGGAUAAGGAUGCCAUUCCUACCCAUGUUGAAAUGCAUCGACAAAGAAGUUUAGAAGAGACAGAAUUGCCAAUUAUAACUGAAUAUAAUUUGAGAGUUUCUGGCCCCAGUUUAGAUCAACCAGUGCCAGAAGAUUGGACAAGAAUAUCAAAUGAUGUAACUGAUAAUUUGAAUAUUUUAUAUGUUGGUAAAAUGCCAUAUAUUUCAAAUGAUGCCCAAUUCUUCCCGGCGGCAUUACCCAAUGAUGGGACUAUGGAUAUGGUCAUCACUGACACGAAGACGUCAUUUAUGGAAACUACUUCUAUUUUACUUUCAGUAGAAAAGGGGACUCAUGUACAUAAUAAAAACGUAAAGCAUGCGAAAAUCUUGGGAUAUAGAUUGAUUCCAAGGGUUAAAGAUUCAAAGAAGCAUUAUAUAUCAGUAGACGGAGAAGAGUUUCCGUUUGAACCAUUACAAGUAGAAAUUCUCCCGGGUGUUUUGACUGGGUUGUUACAAGAAGGAACUUAUGUGGAUACAUGCUUUACUAGAUAG